AAUUAAUCGGGCAAAACAACAUUUGAUUGGAAAUUUUAGGAAUGCAGCUAAGUGUAAAAAAUGCCCAGAGGAGGUUAGAGAGGAACUGAAAAAUUACAUGGAGGAGAAAAAAAUAAGAAAGGAAGUCUAUACUAACGAGUUUCCCGAAUUUGAUGAGUUUGAAUAUCAAGACAAUGUUGGUGGAGAAGAUGAAGUCCAAGAGAUCAAUCAUAAGAAAAGAGGCGGAGGAAGCUUUCCUAGUGGCUCUAAUAAGAAACUGGCCAAAGGAAAGGGACCUAUGGAUAUGUUUCUACAAAAGCGUGGAACACUUAGGCAAACAAAUAUCAAAGACUCGUGUGAUAAAGAAGCAAGAGCAAUGACGAUUCAAAAAGUAGCUCGCUUCUUUUAUGAUAAUGGGAUCCCAUUCAAUGUAGCUCGCUCAAAAAGUUUUAAGGAAGCAAUUGAGGCUGUAGGAAGGUAUGGUCCAAACUUGAAGCCUCCAAGCUACCAUGAAUUAAGAGUUCCAUUACUUAGGAAGGAAGUUGAGUUGACUAAUGAGACUAUAAACAGACAUAGAGAAGAAUGGGUGAAGCAUGGAACCUCCAUUAUGGCAGAUGGUUGGACAGAUAAAAAACAGAGAACUUUGAUAAACUUUUUGGUGAAUUCUCCACAUGGAACAGUGUUCAUUGAGUCGAUAGAUGCUUCCUCACUUGUUAAGACCGGAGAGAAGUUAUGUGAAUUGCUAGAUAGAUAUGUGGAACGCGUUGGAGAACAGAAUGUGGUUCAAAUUGUAAGUGAUAAUGGUAGCAACUUUGUGUUGGCUGGUCAACUGUUACAGAGAAAAAGACCACACAUAUUUUGGACGCCAUGUGCAGCUCAUUGUAUAGAUCUUAUGUUAGAAGACAUAGGGAAGAUUCCUAUCAUCAAGAAGACCCUCCAAAAAGCAAUUGCCCUUGUCGGUUUCAUUUAUGGACACUCAGGAGUCUUAAAUAUGAUGAGAGAUUUCACUAAAAAUAAAGAGUUAGUGAAAUGUGGAAUUACUCGAUUUGCAACGAGUUUUCUGACUUUGCAACGGUUGCAUUGUCAAAAAACAAAUCUGCGAGCAAUGUUUACAUCUGACAAAUGGGUGAUUAGUAGGUGGGCUAAGUUACCAAGGGGGAAAAGUGCAACACAUAUUGUCUUGACGGCAACAUUCUGGAGUCAGGUUUCUAAUAUUUUGAAGAUAAUGGGGCCUCUUGUUAAAGUGUUGCGAUUAGCUGAUAAUGAGAAAAAACCUGCCAUGGGGUACAUUUAUGAAGCCGUGGAUAGAGCUAAGGAGGCUAUUGCAAAGGCAUUUGAAGGGAAUGCUGCAAAAUAUAAAGAUAUCUUUAAGAUUAUUGAUGAAAGAUGGCAAUGCCAAUUGCAUCAUCCAUUACAUGCUGCUGGACAUUAUUUAAAUCCAGAGUUCUUCUUUCAAAAUCCAGGUAUUGAGAAUUGUCAAGAAGUAACAGAUGGGUUGUAUGCUUGUAUUGAAAAAUUGGUUCCAACGGAGAAAUCUGAGUUGUCAGCUGUUUCACCUAAUCGGGUCAGAAGGUUGAUGUUGCAUUCUCGAUUGAGAAAUCAAGUGAUUGCUACUAUGAACGCUUGA